AAUGAGUUAAAAAGAGGACAUUAUAGAAAUAAACUUGGAAGAGAAAAUUCAAUAGUAAAAAAGAAAUAAGCAGAAUGUUAGAAAGGGAUACUAAGAAAAGAGAUAGAAAUUAUAAGCGUUUUUUGGCGAUAGACAGAGAAAUGACAAUCGCAAUCCUGGGACAUUUGUUGACAUUACAAACUUGCAUUAUAGUGUUACAAAUGAUGAAUUGAAAGAGUUGGCUUAACAAUUUGGGAAGGUGAAGAAGGCUUAAGUAGAGUGGGACAAAAUGGGGAGAUCUCUUGUAUAUAGUUAAAUAUAAUAGAAAGGAAUAAGGGUAUAUCGAGUUUUUUUAUGCAUCUGAUGCAAAAAAGGCAAUUGAGAGUUUAAACAACACAACGAUUGAGAGUUUACCAAUGAAAGCGUAACUAAGAGAUUCAACUACGAGAAGAGGCAUGUUCAAGCGAUGAUGAAUAUUAAUGU